CUUUUAUUGUGUUCGGCAGCGAUCAAAAUACUAAGGUUUUGGAUAUUAAACGCAUUCUGCCGAGGUCUCGACACGCAACCGCACGGAAUGUUCGCAAGUUGUUCCUUACAUAAUCUCUAUUAAACGCACACGCUAGCUCCUGGCAUGCUAUUCCCACCUAAAGGCAUAUUGCAGCUGGUAUGGCCUGCGCUUUCCACCUUCGGCGGUUUGCCCGUCCAGGGUGUUCUCCUGCAAGCAACACGGAGUUUGCGGCGGAGUGUGGCGGCGCGUAGGCGUGAGCUGCAGGAGGAGGUGGACGAUGCUUUGUUGCCAAAGGUGGCGCUGGUGGGGCGGCCCAAUGUGGGCAAGUCUGCCCUCUUCAACCGCCUCGUCCGGCGGAGAGCAGCGCUGGUGUACGACACCCCCGACAGCCACGUGACACGUGACUACCAGGAGGGUCGCGCGCGGCUGGGCGACCUGCAGUUCCGGGUGGCGGACACCUCGGGGCUGGAGCCGCGCAUGCCGGCCAGCGGGGGGUCCAUACAGGCUCGCGCCACCGCCAUCACCGCCCGGCUGCUGCAGCAGAGCCACCUGGCGCUCAUGGUCAUCGACGCAAAGUCCGGUGUGCUGCCCGCCGACGAGGAGCUGGCUGACUGGCUGCGGCGCCACGUGCCGCGGGACCAGGUGAUGGUGGUGGCCAACAAGGCGGAGGGGCGCAGGGCCAGGGAAGAGAUGCCGCAGACCGUGUACGACUGCUACCGGCUGGGGUUCGGUGAGCCGGUAGCCGUGUCCGCCAGCACGGGGGAGGGCAUGACGGACCUGUUCGCGGCGCUGCAGCCGCACAUCGACCGCAUCCGGGGGGAGAUGGAGGAGGCGGCACGUGGGGGCGCCAGCAGCAGCAGCGGGGA